GCACCAUUCAGCUGUUUGCCAGCUGCCAAUAAAAAUCUAAAAUCAAGAACAAGUCGGAAGCGUUAUUGUGGUCGUGAGUGGAGGCUGCGGAGCGCGGACUCGUUGCCGUGCCUCGUCUACAGUUGGCCAAUGAGAACAGUCGCUGUCCUUGGAGGAGGGAUUGGGGGUUUGGCUGCAUCCUACUACCUGUGCAAGAGCCCCCAGGUUACCAAGGUCAUCCUUCUAGAGGCAAGCAGUCGUUUUGGAGGUUGGCUGUGGUCCACUCGGAGAUCAGAUGGAGCAGUGUUUGAACAUGGACCCAGAGGGAUUCGACCUGCAGGGGCGGUGGGCUCCAACACGCUCAAUAUGGUGGAUGAUUUGGGUCUUGGAGAGGAGAUCCUGCCGGUCAGCUACAGCCACGUUGCCUCCAGAAACAGAUACCUGUAUGUUAAUGGUCAGCUGCACAAGAUGCCGUCAGGAAUCAGUGGGAUUGUGCGGACAGUCCCACCGUUCUCUCAGCCGCUGCUGCUGAGCGUCGCUGCUGAGAUCCUGGUGAAUAAAACCAAGAACGACGACGAGUCAGUCCAUUCGUUCGUUUCGAGGAGGCUAGGAAAGGAGUUAGCAGACAUAGCUGUGGACAGCUUGUGUCGGGGUGUAUUUGCAGGGGACUGCAGGAAGUUGAGUGUGCGCUCUUGUUUUCCUGUCCUCUACAACGCAGAGCAGCACAGAGGUUCCAUCGUCCUGGGAAUGCUGCUGGGCUCAGGUGAGGCUCAGGUGAUUACCCGCGGCCCUCUGGCUAAAAGAUCUAAGAAGGAGUCGUGGGCACAGUGGUCGUUGAAGAGGGGCAUGCAGUCGUUUCCAGAAGCCAUUGCAGAGAACCUACAACAGAGUGGGAGAGUGCAACUUCACAAAGAGGCUGUUGUUAAGCAGAUUGAUCCUUCAGCCUCUGGUUGGCAGGUCCGUUUGGAGGAUGGAGUCCUAUCAGCCGACCACAUCAUCUCUGCACUGCCUGCUAAAGCUCUUUCUUCAGUGCUGCCCCGCUCCUGCCAACCUCUUACCCAGCAGCUGCAGGACAUCUCCUCAGUAACAGUAGCUGUGGUCAAUCUGGAGUAUGACGGCUCCAUCUUGCCUGUAAUGGGUUUUGGUCACCUCGUCCCGUCAUCGGAGGACCGAGGGUUGCUCGGGGUGGUCUAUGACUCUGUUCCCUUCCCUCAGCACAACAGACCAGAUGGACAGACUACUAGACUGACGGUAAUGAUGGGCGGGGCUUGGUUCGAGGAGGAGUUUGGGGUUCCAGAAGCAGCAACAGCGGAGCGUCUCUUAUCAAGAGCCACUGAGGCGGUGCGCUGCCACCUCGGAGUCACUGCGGCACCCAGCUGGAGUCGAGUGAUUCUGCACAGGGACUGCAUACCUCAGUACUAUGAAGGACACUUUCAGAGAGUUGAGUCCAUGCGUGGCUUCAUAAAGAACAAUAACCUAGCCCUGUCCUUGACUGGUUCCUGUUACGAUGGUGUGUCAGUGAAUGAUGUCAUCUUCAGUGGACGGACAGCUGUGGAGGAGUUGUUGGGAACUGUAGUAUGAUGAAGCUGGUUGCUAUGAAUCAUGGGAUUCAUGUGGGCUUGAAUCUUCUACCACCUGUAAUGCCUUGAAUCAUCCAGACAUAUCUGACGUUGUUUGGAAAAAGUGCGCUCACUGAUGUCAGCUGCAGCGGUUUGAAUCUAAGAUGCAUCUGAAACUUUAUAUUUUUGCCUGUGUAACUCAAGAUUGUGUUAACACGGCUGAAUGUCACCGCGCAGCUGCUUCAGGUUGUGCAGCCUCUGUUCCCAUUGUUUUUAUUGGAUGGUCUGUGGCGACACAGAUAUGAGAACGUUUCACUUUAAAUGGCCAACUUGCCACGAUUUGCAGUUUAAGAUCUUUGUUUUUGUUUCAUUGCAUUUAUUUUGAAUGUAAUUGCUGAUAAAGAUAAGCUGAUGUAACCUGCACAUACACCAGUCGAGUUGUUACUGCAGCGCCGUCAUAAAGCUCUUCCCUCAAAAAUCAGCGUGUGCAUCCAGCCUUUAAAUUCCUGCCAUGACAGUAAGUAACAGCUUUUACUUCUCCCUGUAGAUGCUGACAGUUAACCAUGUCACAUGCUGAGGCCUUUUCAUUGAGCCAAUGUUAUUAAUAAAAACAUUCAGACGUAGGCCUGUG